AAGACAGUCGGAGUCAUAGGUUUAUUCUACUCCGGGCUUGUCUUCUUGCGCUCUCGUGCACAACGCAGUCAUGUUCCGAGUACGGAUGGGUGUUGAUGUGUGCCUAGGGGCUAAUGUACUUGAGUUUUGGGUUCAGACAGAGAUGCUCUGUGAUGGAUGGAUGUGAUGAUUUUGUCAAACCUUUGUUCCUUGUCUUGAUGGCCGGUUUUAUGUGAUGGGUAUAAAACAGGCGUAUGUUGUAAACAACCAAUAUUAUUGGGAAUAGCGUUUUUAACAUGCUGUUUGUGUCUCACGAUAUCCAUACUCUGCACGUCCGCUCAUACCCUUACCAGAAAUAGUCUCGUAAACGUUUUGAAAGAGUCUCGUAUACAUAAUAAUAUGGCGUGAACGCAUCUGCUGUAAGUGCCGCACAAUGGUAACCUCUUUAGGGCGACAGCCACGGAAAUAAAACUGUAUGUUUUGUUGCAGAGCGCCAGGCACCAUUACCGUCCACCGUCUUGUUUGCAGAUCAGUAAGGUCAACUUUCCAAGGACUGAUACACAUUUCCUUCUUCCCCUCGCUGCCUCGCCUCCCGGCCCCCCAACCCCGGCAGAGCACAAGUGGUCGCGUCAUGAAGUCUACGAGACCUAUAUCAGCGCCAAGGGGGCUGCAUGGCCUCAUGCUGGCGCUGUGUACUCUGGCAAGCCAGCCGUGUGGGGCGUUUGUUUCCUUUCCUGUGCCCUGCAAGUCAGUUGGUCGCGGUGCGCAUGGAGCUGGUGUUGGGCUUCACGCUGGCGCCGUGGAUGUAUUGGGCGAGGGUGCGGCGCUCGCUAAGUUCAAGAGACUGCAGACCCAGAGCGAUAUCCGGGGGGUUUCCAUGGAAGGGGUGCCCAAGGACAAGGUUGAUCUUUCGACCGAGGAGGCGUACUGCAUAGGGGUGGGCUUCAGGUUGUGGCUCCGAAGAAAAGUCGACAGCAUCGACGACCCACUCCGAGUCAGCGUGGGCAGAGAUCCUCGGCUGAGUGGAGAACAGUUAUCCCAGGCCAUCAUUGGAGGGAUGACCUCGCAAGAAGGUGGCUGCAUUGUCGCGGACUGUGGGCUUUGCACCACUCCAGCAAUGUUCAUGUCAUGCGUGACCGAGGGCCACAUGUACGAUGGGGCCAUCAUGAUCACGGCAAGCCACCUGCCCAGCCAUCGCAACGGGUUCAAAUUCUUUACCAAGUCUGGGGGAUUGAAUAAUCAAGACAUUGCCGAGACGGAGUUCCUACCGGUGUACCAGCAGCAACUCAAAGACAUGAUCAUCGAUCAAGUCGAUAUGAAGGGGCCGGCCCGUGACAGACCGCUAGAGGGUCUAAAGGUGGUCGUCAACGCUGGCAACGGGAACGGCGGGUUCCUCGCCGAAACCUUGAGCGAGCUGGGUGCAGACACUGGAGGGAGCGUUCACCUGGAGCCAGACGGUACAUUCCCGAAUCACCUCGCAAACCCCGAGCUCCCACAGGCUAUGGUACCGACUAUCGAGGCUGUCCAAAGCGUUGGAGCUGAUCUGGGCGUCGUUCUGGACACGGAUGUAGACCGGUCAGGGGUGGUGGACAGGAGCGGGGAAGCCAUUAAUCGAAACCGGCUGAUCGCAUUUUUGGCGACGGUAGUGCUACGUGACAGCCCGGGCACAACGAUCGUCACGGACUCAACCACCUCCAAUGGGCUCAAGAAAUUCAUCGAGGCGCGUGGGGGGGUGCACUUGCGGUUCAAGAAGGGUUACAAAAACGUGAUCGACAAGGCCAUAGAGCUCAACGAACAGGGAACAGAUUGCCAACUUGCGAUCGAAACAUCGGGGCACGCUGCGUUCAAAGAAAACCAUAUGCUUGACGAUGGGGCCUACCUGGCACUCAAGGUGCUAGUGGAGAUGGCGAGGCAGGGCAAGGGCGUGGAUCUUAGCGGAUCUAUUAAAGAUUUGGCAGAGGUGAAACGGGUUUGGAACGGUCGACGUAGUGCAUGUGCCUGUUGCUGCCAACGGCAACCCGACACAGCACAUGUGGAGCGUGUCAUUCGGUUAUCUUGUUUGGAUAGGAAAGUAUUAGAAGGAGAGCGGGUAGAGUGUUUUCUUGUUGUUCUUGCACAAGGAUGA